GGCGACGUCAGGCACUUCCGUCGCAGACGGCCAGUUAGCUAGUCAACGUAUCGUCCGUAUUAUCGUGCGCGCGACAGUGUUUGCAAACGGAACAGAUAAACGGAGAAGCAGAUAGACACAGACAAAGGAGUGCAAGGGACAGAUAUAGACAGUGCGAGGGUGGGGAGGUGGAAAGAAGAGGGCGAGAGAGAGAGAGAGAGAGUGAGAGAGAGAGAAAGAGUGAAGAACGUCGCGGGUGUAAGUAGCCGAAGGAGGAGAGCGUUCGUAUACGCGCGCCACUCGUACGAUUUAUGCAAGAUCUCGCGCGCAACCUGGAUGUAUUAACGCAAGGACUAAAAUACGGCAUAUCAGGACUAAUGAACCUCGCAAAUCAGACGUCGGACAGUCCGCAGAGCGGUCCCUACUUCGUUAACUUCAAUCAGGACUGCACAUCCUUGGCAGUGGGAUCAAAAUCAGGAUACAAACUUUUUUCUAUUAGCUCCGCGGGUCACCUUGAGAAGAUAUAUGAAAAUGGUACUGAGGAUAUUUGCAUUGUUGAGCGAUUAUUCAGCAGCAGUUUGGUGGCAGUUGUUAGUCUUUCAUCCCCUCGUACACUUACAGUGUGCCACUUUAGGAAAGGCACAGAAAUAUGCAACUACAGUUAUUCAAAUACUAUUUUGGCUGUGAAACUCAACAGAGCGAGAUUAGUGGUAUGUCUGGAAGAAUCGUUAUACAUUCACAAUAUACGGGAUAUGAGAGUGCUGCAUACAAUUCGUGACACUCCACCUAACCUUUCAGGCCUUUGUACACUUUCGAUAUGUAGUGACAAUUGUUAUUUAGCUUAUCCUGGUUCGAGUACCAUCGGGGAAGUCCAGAUAUUCGACGCGAUCCAUCUCCAAGCCAAGACAAUGAUACCGGCACAUGAUAGUCCAUUAGCAGCGCUUGCUUUCAGCUCUACCGGCACGAAAGUUGCGACGGCCUCUGAAAAAGGCACUGUGAUUAGAGUGUUUGACGUUCAUGAGGGUACAAAAUUAUUCGAAUUUCGACGCGGAGUCAAGAGAUGCGUCACGAUAAGCAGUCUCUCUUUUAGUAGCGACUCUAUGUGGCUUUGUUGUUCUAGCAAUACGGAAACCGUGCAUAUAUUCAAACUGGAGGAACCAAAGGAAACGCCAGGACAGACGACGGACGAAGCACAAAGCUGGAUGGGCUAUUUGACGAAGGCUGUGACAGCGUCGGCUAACUACUUGCCGUCGCAAGUGACUGAUGUUUUUACUCAAGGACGUGCUUUCGCGAGCGUCCACCUACCGUUUCAAGGGUUGAAAAAUGUCUGUGCCAUCACUGUAACACACAAAAUACCCAAACUGUUGGUAGCUAGUGCUGACGGUUACUUGUAUGUCUACAACUUGGACUUGACGGAAACUGGAGGUUGCACACUUCUAAAACAACAUAGAUUAGAUGAUAAGCAAGACGAGACGGAUUGUGGUGGUUCUGGUUCCGGAGCAUCUGCACAAACAGUACAAAAUACAGCCUGCAUAAAUAGCUACGCGGGUGCGUUGCGUGGCCGCUCGCCAGACUCCAUGUCAGGUACUGAGUCAGAGAAGUAUCAGGAGAUGAUAGCGGCGACAGAAAGCCCACCGAAGGGCGGCGGCCCGUUCCGUCUGGAUGACGAUUCCGAGUUUCCACCUGUCACGCAAAGGGCAGACUGAGCGUGGAACGCGAUUUAAUGGCAUAUCAAAAGCUCAAAGCGGAGAUAAAAGAAAGAAAAAGGGAAAAGAUAGAACGAAAGAGACAGCGACGAGAAUUCGUGCAGGAGCAACGAAAGGGGGCACAGAGACCAGAGGACGUCCAGUAUUACACAUAAAUGGCCGUAUCCCGCUGCUCUCCUGAGUAUUCAGUAAACGAAACUGAGAGACCCGGACAACAUCACCGAGAGUGUCGUUGAAAAUCUCAACGAGAUGUUCACAUUGGUUCAUUAAGGCGACUGCGACCAUCGCGUUAAGAGGAAGGAAAAUCACUUUUUCAUACGACAGUCCGGAAUCACGACGCGACACUGUCCUGGAGAGAAGAGAGAAGUAUCUUCGAGCGACACUCUCGGUUGUAUCGUUUCGAUACUAUCGAAUUAAACCGCUGGUAUCGGGAUUUUGUUCGUUCGUUCGUUCGUUAGACAGCAUACGCGAAUGCAGCUUCCGGAAAGAUAUAGUAAUCCAAUGAUGGAUAGGCGCGCAUAGGAGCGCGAAUGAACGGGCAUCUUCUGAGGUUUAUACGAUAGAAGAGCGUUUUACUUAUGUAGAAACGAAGAUAUUUUUUAACAAAUAAUUGAAUAGAGAAGUUACCUACGUUUUAAUUGUAAACUACGCGCUCAGUAUGAGGGACCGAGAUAUCUACGGGAUUCGCGCGUGCCAUCCGCGCCUAUCUGCACGAAAUUUCUGAGUAAUUGAGAAAUCGCGGACCAGAGUAAUUAAUAUGAUCAUUUCAAGCGUUCCGCGCCGCUGUCGACGAACAUACCACGACUGUACCUGUCCUGAACGCCUUGCGCGAAUGAUGAAAAACUAAUAAUGAUCUGGUGUACUUGGAUUUUGUUAAAAGAUAAUUUUUAAUAGAUCGAUGACUCUAUGAAUAUAAGGAAAAACAUUAGGAACAUCAUCUGUGACUCUUUGGGAAAACUGGCACUAUGUGUCAACGAGUACGUCUCGUUCAAAGAUUCGAGGUUUCUUGAAAACGUCGAUAAUAACGGCGAGAAAGGAAUUUUCAGCCCGACAUAUCCAUAUUCCGACGCGAAAUACAUUGUAAAUAAACCCGCCGCUUCUCAUUUGCCAGGUUAUCUGUACGUUAUGUCCAUUGCGUUUAUGCAAAUCGUGUGUGCCUGAAAAUCGAUGAAAUUAAACCUCCGCUUUCUUCACA